AUGUAUCGGGGAAUAAAAGUAGCAGAUCAAGACACUGACUUGCAGUGCAUUCUGUGGAGAGAUAAUCCAAACGAUCCUUUACAAUGCAUUACGUUAGUAACAGUUACGUAUGAAACAAGCGCAGUUCCGUGUCUAGCAACACGAAGCCUAAUCAAAUUAGUGGACGAUUACGCAAUCGACUAUCCAUUAGCUAGUAACGCUUUACGUCAAGAUACCUACGUAGAUGAUAUCCUCUCGGGAUCAGAUACUCUUGUAGGUUUAGCAGAACUCAAAGCUCAAUUAAGUGAGUUACUAUCGCUAGCAAGUUUCAAGCUCCACAAAUGGGUUUCUAAUCAAAAAUCGGUUCUCGGUGAUACUACCACAUCUUCAGCAGACAAGGUUGACAUUCAAUUAACAGACAAUGACCUAUCAGUUAAAACCUUAGGACUUGGCUACAAUCCUACUACGGAUAUGUUUCAGUUUAGCUCACCAAUCGAUCAACCGGUUACUAAUUGUACUAAGCGAAAUAUCUUAUCAUUUAUCGGAAAAAUGUUCGAUCCAUUGGGAAUUUUGGGACCAGUUAUAAUUCGAGGUAAACUACUACUGCAACAAAUUUGGUCCAGAAAUCUCAAUUGGGAUGAUCCCCUACCUCCUGAUAUAUUAAAACAGUGGCAAGAAUUCGAGAAAGGUAUCAUACAAAUGACCGCCAUAUCUGUAUCUCGGUGGCUAUUUCUCAGUGAUUCUAUAAUUGCGAUAGAGAUUCACGCUUUUUCUGACGCCUCAGAAAAGGCAUACGGUCGAUGGAACACCUUCGUAGCUAACAGAGUUCAAGAAUUGACCAACGGGUUUCAACGGAGCCACGUAAAAACAAAAGACAAUCCAAGCGAUGUUUUGUCUCGCGGAACAGAUCCAAAUUCACUCAUCACGAAUGAGAUUUGGUGGAACGGUCCCAGUUGGCUCUGCAAAUACGACUAUUAUUAUUUUCCAAAUGCCGGAAUCGUGGAAAUAGAAUUCGAAUUGUUCAGAAUCAAGCUUUUAGCAAAGAAAUUGCUGCUUUAA